CAGUGUGCUCUCACCCACCCUUCUGACAAUUCAGAUUGCGACCAGCUCUCUUCCAGCGACAUCAUGAGUUUCACUACCCGCUCCACCACCUUCUCCACCAACUACCGCUCCCUGGGAUCGGUCCAGGCUCCCAGCCACCGGAUCCGGCCAGCCAGCAGCGCCGCCAGCGUCUAUGCAGGCGCCGGCGGCUCUGGCUCGCGAAUCUCCACGGCCCGCACCACCAGCUUCCGCGGGAACUGGGGGACCGGGGGCCUGGUCGGGAUCGGGGGGAUCCAGGGGGAGAAGGAGACCAUGCAGGAUCUCAACGACCGCCUCGCCUCCUAUCUGGAGCGCGUGCGGAGCCUGGAGACCGAGAACCGCAAACUAGAAGGGAAAAUCAGGGAGCAUAUGGACAAGAAGGGACCUCAGACCAGAGAAUGGGGGCACUAUUUCAAGACGAUUGAGGAUCUGCGGGCGCAGAUCUAUGCAAGCUCAGUGGACAAUGCCAGAAUCGUCCUACAGAUUGAUAAUGCCCGUCUGGCGGCUGAUGACUUCAGAGUCAAGUAUGAAGCAGAGCUGGCCAUGAGACAGUCUGUAGAAAAUGACAUUCACGGCCUCCGGAAGGUCAUUGAUGACACCAAUGUGACCAGGCUGCAACUGGAGACAGAGAUUGAAACCCUGAAGGAAGAGCUGAUCUUCAUGAAGAAGAACCAUGAAGAGGAGGUGAAUUCUCUACAAGCCCAAAUCGCAGGCUCCGGGCUGACCGUGGAAGUGGACUCCCCCAAAUCUCAGGACUUGAGCAAGGUCAUGGCUGAUAUACGAGCCCAGUAUGACGCUCUGGCUCAGAAGAACAGAGAGGAGCUUGAUAAAUACUGGUCCCAGCAGAUUGAAGAGAGCACUGUGGCGAUCAACACAAGAUCUGAGGAGGUGGAAGCAGCCAGAAACACUGUCACCGAGCUGAAACGUACGGUCCAGUCCCUAGAGAUUGACCUGGAUUCCCUUAGAAAUCUGAAAACCAGCUUGGAGGACAGCCUGAGGGAGGUGGAGACCCGCUAUGCCAUCCAGAUGGAGCAGAUCAAUACAGCCCUGCUACACCUGGAGGCAGAACUGGGGCAGACACGAACAGAGGGGCAGCGCCAGGCCCAGGAAUACGAGGCCCUGCUCAACAUUAAGGUCAAACUGGAAGCAGAGAUCAACACUUAUCGAAACCUGCUGGAGAAUGGGGAGGACUUCAAUCUCGUGCAUGCCUUGGACAGCAGCAGCAGUUCCUUACAUAAGACCAGUACUCGGAGGACUGUAGACGGCAAAGUGGUGGCAGAGACCAACGACACCAAAGUCCUGCGGCGUUAGGGCCAUAAACUGAAGACCUGGGCUAAGUCAGGAAGUUAAUAAAGGCUCUUUGGUCACCUAGCCUCCAA